AGUGAGCGUGAAGUAACACGAUAAGCAUGCACGUGGUUAAACGGCCUUUUUGUAGUUCAGUUUCGGAAUAUUGUAGUUUUACACGACGGAGCCACGUCAAUAACAUUCGCCGUCGCAUAGUUGUGUAGUCUAGCACAGUCCGAUUUUGUUAGCACCGCUAUUAAUUUUUUCUAGGUUCUUAUGACUUUUACUGCACACCUUUCCUUCAUUUCAUGACGUUUCCAUCGAGAUUAAGGAAAAGUGACUAGGAAAGGGACACAGGACAUAAUAUUUGACCGCAACCUAGGAGUUGUUUGAGACAUGUCGAGAAGACGCUGUAUUCUGCUCUGCGAGCAGAAGUGUCCUUUGUAUGUUCUGCCAAAGGCAGAACCACAAAGAACUCGGUGGUUGAAAUUCAUUUUUGCCACUGUUCCCUCCACGGUUCCAAAUGUCUCACUGUGUGCUCGACACUUUACAGAGGACUGCUUUAAAAACCGAAAGCAAUUCGACGCUGGAUUUUCGCAGUUGUUAGUAAUGAAGAACGGGGCAGUUCCAACUGUAUGUGGUCCGACGGGAGACACAGGUUCACAACCUAGUACAUCACAGCAGGACCCCGGUACCCAACAAGACUCCACUACAACCAGAUUUCAACAUGUCCAGUGCCAAACGGACCCUCCACAGACUGCUUCCGUGGGAACACAAUCUGUAGCAUUUGCAAAGCGGAAAUCAGUAGGCACACAGUUGUCCAGGGGAACACUGAAGGAAGCGCACAUGAGAAGCAAAGGCAUCCAGACAAUUGUGUCUUUUGACAGUGUUGGCACCAGACCUACUUCCCAUUACCCAGAUUUACCACUGGCCUCUAGAUCAAUAAAGGGUUCAGGGUUGCAACCUAUCAAGAGAUCUAGACUGGAGGAGGAGGAAGGAGAGACUUCCGCUGAAGUCAAAGAAGAGCCUCUGGACUCGACUUACAACCCUGGAGAUUCUGUACUUGCAAAGGAAUCUGACAUAUCGUGUGAGACAUGGGCCAUGUGCAGUGACACGAAAUAUAUUGCUUUUGAAAUCUGCCUCAGACAGCUGUUUGAAAACUGUCCAGUGUGUAAGAGAGACUGUGAUUUCCAGUGAUGAAGAAUGGGGACUUACGUGGCAUUCACUCAGCGUUGUCCAAACUGCAAUUACUCCAGACAGUGGGGGAGCCAGCCCACUGUUGGAAGUACCCGAGUUGGCAACCUACAAAUAUCAACAGCCACAUACUUCAGCGGUGCUUCCAUCAUCCAACCGGAAAAGGUAUUGCAGUUAACAUCGAUAGCAAACAAAAAUUGCCAGCUGUGGACAUUUUCUAAAACUUGUUGUAAAAUGUUGUGGAUGUUCUGUAGGAUAUAUUCAUUUAGACAGGCUUUAGGCCCGGAUGGUGUACCAUGCAUGUAAUUGGUACUGGAAUCUGGUUCAUUUUUCUUACAACCUGAAAUUAAAAAUGACACACGUCUACAAGAGGUACUGUUACAUAAAAAAUUACAACAAAGACAAAAUUACUCAGGGGCUGCAUCACUGCAGAGAACAAAUAUAUAUCCAAGAGGCAGCAUCUGUUUUACUGUAAAACUUUAUUACACCAACAAUAUGGUGUUAUCGCAGGAGAUUCCUUUUACAUAUUGUUCAUUGCAAACAUAACUACAGUCUCUUUGUGACAGGUUGUGUUCACUUCCCUCGCAAUUUUGUGAUCCCAUUAUACUUGCUAUUUGCUGCAAGGUGACGGUAUGGAUAAACCUAAAUAAUAUAGGCAUGUCUUGUAAAGUGUGCUUUAUGAAUUAAACUAUGGAGGACAAUAUACACCAUGUGACUUUAAUAUUAAGUGUUUUAUACUUAUUUAUUAAUAAUUGCACUGUGUUCAUUCACCGCCAGUGACUUUAAGCAAGACAGUUAGGCUAUUGAACAUGAAGUGCACACAUACAAACAAAUAUAUUACAAACAUUGAAAGAUAUUAGCCGGAAAACUGCAUAUAUAACUAGCUUUUUGGCGUUAAGGUUUAAACUUGAUUUAUGUGAGGGAACGCAAACCUUUCAAAAAAUAUUUUCCCACCUAGAUGUCUCAGGGGCUCCGUAUAUCACAGCUGAUCAGAAAUACAUCACUAUAAAAUAUAUUUAUUUUUAUUUGUAUUGUGUAAAAUCAUAUUCGCUAAAAUUAUGGAGUGAUUUGUACUCGUGAAAAGUAUUUUGCAUAUUUGUGGAUCGCCUUACAUUUAUGACCUUGCUCCUUUUUAUUUGCAGAUUUUGUCCUGCAAUUCCUACCACAGCUGAUCUGUAGAAAAAAAAUCCAUAAAUUGAAGGUGCAGUCGUGAUAUAUAUCUUUAUCGAAUAUGAGAUUUUGGUCAUAUCGCACAGCCCUAUCUGCUAUACAGAAAGUAUGUCACGGGCACAAACAUACACACAAAGAGCCAGUUAAGGUACAGAUGUAUAGAAAAUUCAAUUAACUGAGCAGAUAUUCAAUGUGUUUUUCUGAAGUGUAAGUGUAUGUAUUACAGGGUAUAAAGCUAUGGUUUUCUUAAUAAUUAUAUAAAAUCUCUUUGGUUAGAUGAAAUGGGAAUUCAUUCAUCUUUUUAUAAAAACUUAGCUGAUUGCUAUCCUGCACUGGAUAUCUAUCCCAGGAUGCACAGGGCACAAGGUUGGGGUCUGUUAGUAUUUGUCUAACCUUUCUGAGCAAUGCCCCCACCAUCUUUUUCAUAUAGGAUUCUAGGUGAACAUUUCAGUGAAUUUUGUUCUGGGUAGUUUUCCAGUGCACAAAUCCAUUUUACUGAUGAUUUACUGCAGUAGUAUAAAAUGCAUUAGAUCUUUAAUAGAAUAUGUGUAGCAAUUGUUUCAUUGGUAAUCACUAGAUUUUACAUUUUGCUCAAGAUUGAAAAUGAAUAUAUUAUACGAAACUGACAUGUUUUGAUUGAUUUCAACAUUGAUCAUUGAAGCAUGGCUGUAAGUGAGGUGAACAUGAAUGAUGGGCUGAUGAAGCUUCAUGAAGCUUUCUGGCAUUCCUAGUAAAGUGCCAGAAUGUAUUUUGAGUCUUCAAACCUUUUUUUCCCAACAUAGAGACCCUAAGUGGGGUUCGACAGCGCUUCGAACAAUCUGAGAAUGAAGUAUAUGCAUUUGCAUCAAAUGAAUAAUGUGGCUGGUAUGACAGCAGGGUCAGACUGUGUUAUACUAAACAUUUCGGUUAACUUGUAUGUAUUUUCAGUCUAUGUAUUUACAAUAAAAUAUUGUGUUGGAUCUGGGACGAACACAUUAA